AUGGAAGCUGGUACAUCAAACGAUUGCCUUAAGGAAAAUGAUGGUAGACGGGCGAGCACGGGCGAGAAUCGUGGCUGUCCAUUGGAUGCUGUUUAUCACCACCGGAACGAUCCCUACGAGCUGAAUCAUUUUGCCGCGAUUGAACGCAACGAACAUCACACGGUAUUGUACGAGCUACCGUACCAGGCACAUACGGAAAAACCGCCGGUUCCGUACUGUAGUCCGCGGGCUGCACCUAGCACCGGUGGUACCCUGCGACUGCCAACGAUGUCGCGCGUCAUGAUGCGCAACGCGGACGGGUCGCACGCGGUCGAAAAUCGAUGGACGUUGGUGUGCCGGGCACUGUCGAAACCGAUCACAAACUCGCACCAGCUCGAGGACACGAUCGUGCAGUACAAUCCGGACUACCGGGCGCACUUUCAGUUUGUCGCGUUGCACAAACUGUUCGAGGAGCAGUGCGACGACGACGAGCGGGCCGCUUUCUUCGGUGAGACGCUACCCCGGCUGGUGACGCUUGCUCUUCGGCUGACGGAGUUGAUACGGACGCCGGUGCCGUUGCUGGUCCAAUGGCAAAAUCAUGCCGUAUCGAUGACACAGGAACAGGCCGCAUGUCUGCUGGCGAACGCGUUUCUCUGCACCUUUCCGCAGCCGAAGGCGGCUCACGCGAAAAGCUUCCCGGGGCCGAACUUUGCACCCCUGUUUGCCGGCACCAGCCAAUCGGUGGUGGAGAAAAUCAAGUGCCUGUGUCACUACUUUCGGCGUGUUUGCAUCCGCAUGCCGACCGGUGUGCUGACGUACGAGCGGCGUUACAUCCCGAAGCACCACGUACCGGACUGGGGCACCGUGACGGCGUGCUUUGCGCGCAAUCGGCCCCCGCUGCACGUGUCACCGGACGGUACGAUCGAGGACCAGGGCACGGGCCUGUUGCAGAUGGUGUUUGCAAACCGGUUUCUCGGCGGGGGCGUUAUCGGGCACGGUUGUGUGCAGGAGGAGAUUCGGUGCGUCAUCAAUCCGGAGUUGCUGGUCGGUCGGUUGCUGUUUGAAUCGCUGCGCGAAACGGAGGCUUACUUUGUGCUCGGUUCGGAGCAGUAUUGCCGCUACGCGAACUAUGCGUCCAGCUUCACCUUUCACGCUGACCAUCGGGAUGGGACGCCACGGGAUGCGAGCGGACGGCGGCGUUGCUACAUCGUUGGGCUGGAUGCACUGCGGAUGCAGCCGGGUAUGGACCAGUACGAGGAGCGUGCAAUACGCCGGGAGCUUGGUAAAGCCUACGCAGGGUUUGUGGAUGGUUUGGAGGGUCGAUUGCCCGCACCUGGUAUAGCCACCGGUAAUUGGGGUUGCGGAGCAUUCGGUGGCCAUGCACCGUUAAAGGCACUGCUGCAGCUGAUGGUGGCGUGCGUCGUCGAUCGGCCCCUACUAUACUUCACCUGCAACGAGCCCGGUCUGCAGGAACGAUUGCUAGCGAUGUAUAGCUUCCUGGCCGAGCGGCGCGUUGCCGUUGCGACGCUGUUCCGACUGCUGGUGCGUUACGGUGCCAAGGGAACCGGUGCGGAUCGGUCCAACGAGCAAGACGUGUACGAAUAUCUCUACCAACAGCUAAACCCGGGUGGGAUUGGUUCGUCCGCGGCAUGUAAUCAAUUGUAA